AUGAGCUCUGCAGAACAGGGGAAAGUGGCUCGUCACCCCCUCCUCAUGGACAUCGAUUCAGAGAGCGUGCUUGCUGCCGUGCAGCGCCUCUUUGAUGCCUCAGAGAUGGUCGGGAUGCAAUCCAAUGGGAGCAAGCUAAUGGAGUCGGAUGAUUCCUUGAGUCCUGUACCGAUUUCUCCUCACACAAGGCGCGCCAGUGGGAUUCAUCUACCGCGCACGCUGCGUCAAGGUGAUUUCGGUGUAGAGCGGCUGGGUUCGGUAGCGACGCUGAACUUUCAUCGCCUCAUCUAUCGCGCACCUGAGGUUGCAUGGAACACUACUACAAAUCAUCUACUGUGGAUCAUGGGUCUAUCCUCGGCGCCGCAGUCAAUACGAGUGCAAGCAGCACGCGUCCUUGAUGAAAUUCUUACCGUUGUCCCGCGUAAUUUGUCGUCCACUGGAGACCUGCAGGCCAAUCGAAACCGUUCUUUACUAGCAUCAGUCCAGGCUCAUCUCUCCCAACCCACAUCAAGAAACAAACAUCACGCAGAUACCACCGCACGGAAAAAACGAUGUUGUGUCUCAAUACUUAUCUCAUCUACCAAGACACCAAGAUGCCCAUGA